AUGCAGGGACAACAGAGCUCUUACGUUCUUCCCAUGUUUGCGUACCCUUCCGGAUCCCUUCAUAUGGGUCAUCUUCGUGUGUACACGAUAUCCGAUGUCCUUGCUCGAUAUCGACGCAUGAAAGGUGAACAUGUCCUUCACCCAACUGGAUGGGAUGCAUUUGGAUUGCCUGCCGAGAACGCUGCGAUUGAGCGUGGUAUCGAUCCUGCGGUUUGGACACAGGAGAAUAUCACCAAGAUGAAGGCACAACUAAAGAGCAUGAACACACAAUUUGAUUGGGAUGCAGAAAUAUCAACAUGUUCACCAUCUUUCUACAAGCAUACACAGAGCAUCUUUUUGAGGCUAUAUCAGAGAGGUCUGGCAUAUCAAGCUGAGGCGCUGGUGAACUAUGAUCCUGUUGACAAGACCGUUCUUGCGAAUGAACAGGUUGAUAGCAACGGAAGGUCAUGGCGGUCCGGAGCACUGGUACAGCAGAUUACCCUCCGACAAUGGUUCUUCCGAAUCACCGCCUUUAAAGAAGCUCUCUUAGAAGACCUAUGGUAUCUUUCCGAAGUGGGAGAAUGGCCGGAUCGAGUUGUCACUCAACAGCGCAAUUGGAUUGGCCGCUCCGUUGGUGCACGAAUCCAGUUUACUCUGGCCGACCGCGAAGGCCAAUCUACUCCUGUUCGCGUCUUCACAACUCGCCCAGAUACUCUCUUCGGUGUCAAAUUCAUUACCUUGUCUAUGACUCACCCCCUUGUCAAGCAGCUUGCACCGACUACUCCGGGAUUGCAAGAGUUUCUCGAUAGACGGGCAUCCUUUGCACCUGACUCCAAGGAAGGCUUUGAGCUUCCCCUAUCUGCAAUCAAUCCUUUGUCAGAAAUAACUGGCACUUCGUCCGAUAUGUUGCCUGUAUUCACUGCUCCAUAUGUCUUGGAGAACUACGGAGAAGGUGCUGUUAUGGGGGUUCCAGCUCACGACUCGCGAGAUUUGGGUUUCUGGAAGACCCAACGAAAAUUAGCACCAGUCCCGAUUGUUGUUACUCCCACCAAUCCCAAAGAGCGGCAUACCAAUCUGCACAUCGCCGACCUUCCAUCAGCAUACACAGGGCAUGGUGCCCUAACAGAGCUAUGCGGCCAUUACUCUGGCCUACUCAGCGAAGAGGCAGGAGCGAGGAUCAUUCAAGACUUGAAUAAAAAAGGACUGGCGGAGCCAUUCGAAACAUGGAAACUUCGUGAUUGGCUUAUCAGCAGACAACGCUAUUGGGGAACUCCUAUCCCGAUCAUUCAUUGUUCGAGUUGUGGCACUGUAUCAGUCCCCGAAAAAGACCUCCCAGUGGAAUUGCCUAAGCUCGAUUCCUCUAUCCGAGGCCAAACAGGCAACCCAUUGGACAAAAUCGAUGAUUGGGUCAAUUGUCAGUGUCCGAAAUGCAGUGGUCCUGCCAAAAGAGAGACCGAUACAAUGGACACCUUCGUGGAUUCAUCGUGGUACUUCAUGCGCUUCUUAGAUUCCUCGAAUGAGGUUGAACCAUUCUCAUCUAAAUCAACCGAAGGUAUGGGAUCAGUCGACUUGUAUGUUGGAGGAGUGGAACAUGCGAUCUUGCACCUACUCUAUGCACGUUUCAUUUAUAAAUUUCUCAACAGUGAGGGACUUGUAUCUAACGGUGAAGGUUACGCCGAGCCAUUCAGGAGGCUGAUUGCUCAAGGUAUGGUGCACGGGAAGACAGUUUCAGAUCCAGACACUGGGAGGUUCCUUCUACCGCACGAAAUCGAGCUGGGCGGAGAUCUUCCAACCAUCAAAGCAACGGGUAAACCGCCCAAUGUGACAUGGGAGAAGAUGUCUAAGAGCAAGUAUAACGGAGUGGAUCCAUCCACCUGCAUUGAGAAAUACGGUGCCGACGCACUAAGAGCUCACAUCCUAUUUGCAGCGCCGGUCAGCGAAGUGCUGCAGUGGGACGAAGAGAAGAUUGUGGGGAUACAACGGUGGUUUGGCCGUGUGCACCGUUUAGUGAACGACCUCGCAGCUUCAUCAGGAGGGUUAGUGUCUGCCAGCUCAACAAGCGAGGUGGACGUCGGCAAUCUUUCAGAAGCUGACGCGACAGUACUGCUGCAUGCGCAUUGCACUAGCAAGACAAUUACUGAGACCUUCUCGGAGAAUGUCUACAGCCUAAACACAGCCAUAUCCGACCUGAUCAAGUUGACCAACGCACUGCAUGAGAGUGGAGUGCAAUCGCUCUCACCACCAACCGCCCAUAUCACUAUCACAGCACUUCUCAAGAUGAUGGCACCCGUCGCCCCAGCAUUCGCAGAGGAAUGCUGGGAGAGGAUUAACCUGUGCACCUCCACUGAGGGGAGAACCGCUGAGAGCAUUUUCAGCACCUCGUGGCCAAGCGACAUCCUGUCGGAUGAGCAAGAAGAAACCUUGCGAAGUCGACGGCAGGCCAUGGUCUGUGCCGUGCAAAUCAACGGCAAACUGCGCUUUACGAUCAAUGUAAGGCCUCCAACUACAGGCGAAAGCGAAGACAACAAGGCAAAGCGAGAGGCCGAGAUUAUCAAUGCCAUCCGUGCGACCGCUGAAGGCCGUCUGUGGCUGACUGAAAAGAACGACUGGGAGAAGAGGAAGAGAGUCGUCGUUGUGCGUGACGGAAAGGUGGUCAAUUUUGUCUUUUGA